AUGGCACCUCCCACAAAAGCCUCCGGCUCGAAGGCGAAAUCAAGCGGUGGCAAGAAGGAAAAGGUCUUCCACCCGCAAUCGCGCAAAGCAGGCCAACUCGUCCGCACCCAGCUGCGUAAAAGCAAGCUCGUCGAUCUCGCUAGGGAGCGUCACAAAAAGCAGGGUACACAAGUCAGCAUCUACGGGUUCUUCUUCCACGCACUUCCGCCCGAGGGCGGCGAGCUCUCGCUCGACGAGCUGCACUAUGUCGUACGCGACGUCUGGCUCACGCGUCACGACCACGAGAUCGAGGCGGAGCGUGCGGCGCGGCGCAAGGGCCGCCCAAAGAGCGCGAAGGAGCAGAAGCUUGAGGAGCUCCAGCUGCGCGAGAAGGAGCUCUACCGCACCGGCAUGGAGGUGAUCGACCUGACGCAUCCACGGAAUGUGGAGCUCUUCCGCGAGUGGGACCAGAAGGAGGCGGGGUACCUGCAGCAGCUGCGCUUCAUUCGUAUCUCGAGCGCCGCGCCGGACACAGUCAUUCUCACGCGAAUAGGCCAACAUGCGCUGCUGAAGCGCGAGGAGCAGCAAAAGAAGGACGCGGACGCGGAGGAGGCCGCGGCCGCGAUGGACACGGACGAGGCGCCGCUCCUACUCGCGCCUACGCCAAAAUUCUCUUCGACGAUCCAGGGGAUGGAUGGAGAGUGA